UAUGGAGGAGUUGGCCAUUGGUGGGAUCAAAUUCCGUACCUUUGAUCUAGGAGGUCACGCUCAGGCGCGUCGCGUAUGGCGUGACUACUACCCAUCGGUCGAUGCUAUCGUAUACCUCGUCGAUGCUGCCGAUAGAGAAAGACUUAACGAGUCAAAGGCUGAGCUGGAUGCUCUGCUAUCAUCAGAGGAACUGGGAUCAGUCCCGUUCUUAAUUCUGGGUAACAAGAUUGACAAGCAGUACGCCACAAGUGAAGAUGAUUUGCGUAUGGCAUUGGGGCUACAGGGUGCUACCACUGGCAAAGGCAAGGUUACACUUAACGAGACUCGACCGAUUGAAAUCUUCAUGUGCUCCGUAGUAAAGAAGCAAGGAUACGGAGAGGGUAAGUGA